UAAUAUGUACUUCAUGUCACAAUUUUCUGGGAUUCGUGUCCUUCCUUCCUCCUUCACGUCAGAAUCCCUCUUCAGGUUGCCGUGUUUUCCUCUUAUCUCUCUCGAACGCAUCCAGUUACGAACCCUAAAAAUCGACACUAAAUCGGAGAAAAUCUCAUCGAAUUUAAGUUCUUAACAAUGGCGACCCCAGACAUUUUACAGAAAGAUAAAGAUUUUAUUCUCUAUUCUUCCAUUUUCGGAGAUGAAGAAGGAGAUACAGUGAAAUCUCGGGGAGCAUUGAUUGAGAAGAAGAUUGAGAUCCUCGAAAGCCUAGCUUCCAAUGUUAGCAAUCGACGAUCCCGUAGAUUAUUGAAUGACCGACUUCUAAUGGAGCUUGUCCCUCGUCUCAAUGCUGAAGAAAUUCGGGGAUUAUUUGCACCACCACCCUGGGGCGAGGAGGUUCCAGUAUCACCAUUUUGUAUGGCAAAUGUGGACGAUUGGGACAAAGUUAGGAAUGUAGACAUGGAUAAAGAGGCUAACAUCGUGAAGUCCAUAAGACAGAGGUCUCAGAAGCGGAAAAGCCAUGUUGAUUCUGAUAAAAUGGCAGUCAUGAAUGCAUGGCAUAGAAUUGAUUGCCGAACAAGGGAAGCUCUCCGACGUAGCUUUCUCUCGGAACUCAUUGAGGGCUAUGAGAAUCGCAUUCGCACAUUUAUUGAGGAUGGCAAUGAUUCAGAAAUUCUGGUGCUUCAGGUCCAGGAUCCCUUCCACAGGUUGUUGCUUCAUGGUGUGUGUGAGUUCUAUGAUGUGAUAUCAGUGACAGAGCCACAAACUGGAGGCUCAAAAAUGGUCAAGACGACAAAGAUAAAGAAGAAAAAAUCAGGUCGACUGGAGAUUCCUAGCCUUACGCUGUCCCAUUAUCUGAAGAUGUCCAAGGAAGGGCUCUGGUGAUUUCGUGGGAGGCAAAAUUUGUUGUAAUUUGUAAAAUUGGAUUGCAAGUUUCAGAUUGUAACUCUGAUACCUUGUUGGAAAAUCUCUGUUUCUAAUUGUCACAUUGAUACAAGGAUGCUCAUUAGGAUGUUAGGGCUUUGCUGUAUCUGUAAAUAAAUAAUAUUCUGACGUCCGGCAUCCUAGAUCACUUCAUUAUUACUAAUAAUUCUUGUUAACCGUAUGUUUAUAUGAUUUCAAGUUGUAGUUUCCUGUCA